AUGGAGGACAAUAGGAUUAAGGGCUCGAUGUUCUUCGUCCUUCUGUUCAUGUUGUGCCUCAGCUCUACUUCAGCGUUCAAUAUAACCAACCUACUCAACAAAGAACCCGAUUUCAGCACCUUUAACAAGUACCUCUCCCAGACCAAACUCGCCGACCAGAUCAACAAGCGGAGCACUAUCACCGUCCUCGCUGUGGCCAACGAUGCAACAGGCGGCCUCCCUAGCGACGACAGCUUCGUCCUCAAGUCUGUCAUGAGCGUCCACAUUAUACUAGACUACUUCGGUAGAGAAAAGUUGGCCAAGCUUCCCGAGAACAAUAGAAGUUCCACGCUGACGACUCUGUUCCAGAGUUCGGGCGUGGCUCAGAACCAACAAGGCUUCGUUAGGGUUAAAAUCGUUGACGGUGAGAUUUAUUUUGGGUCAGCAGCUAAGGGUGCACAAAUGUACACCAAGCUGGUUAAGUCGGUGACAGCUCAGCCCUACAACAUUUCCGUUCUUGAAGUUAGCUCCAUCAUUGGGGUUCCCAACAUCAAUGCUUCUCCGGCGCCCGAGAUAGCUCCGGCGGCGAAGAAAGCCAAGUCACCAAGUCCGGAAGACAGGGCCGACAAUCCUUCCGAAGACACCGAUGAUGACACGUUAGACUCGGACGUAGACUCGGAUGAGGAGGCCGAGGCUUCGAGUCCAUCCAAUGCAAAAGAUUCGACGCCGCCCAAGCCGGGGUAUGAGGAUGAUCUGAUCUCGGCAGAUUCGCCAUCGUCGACUCCCACACCUGCGCCGUCUAAGAGUGAUGCUCGCUCAACCGCUGCUGAGAUGGAAUUUGGGGUUGUUGCGAUGGGGCUGGUUUCAGUAUCGGUUGCGUUCGAUCUUCUGAGGAUCAUGGGAAAAAACUGA